AUGUUGUACAUAAGCAGUGAUGCAAAGGCUGCCCCUGCAUCUCCUCGCCAGGACCUCGCUGGCAAGAUUUCUACCACUACUACCCAGCGCAAUGCUCCGAAGGCUACCCCUGCAUCUUCUCGCCAGAGUCUCGUUGCCAGGAGUCCCCCCACUGCUAUUCCCGAGCCCAGCUCCGGCAAGCCCGUGAAGAACAAGAUCCAGCCCGAGACCGGUAGCGCACGCCAGGCCUUGGAUCCCGGACACAGCUCAACCAAGAAGGAUAAAUUGCAAACCAGAGCGAGACUCCCUUCCCAGCUGAAGAGCUCCCCUCCCGGAUCUCAGCCCAUGAAAUCACCCAUCGACAAGUUCUCGGCUGGCCGCUCGCUCGUCACCACGCCUACCGGACCUCCCGCCAAAUCCAAGAGAAAGUCUGGUGAGUUACUCACACCUCCUGGCGCCAAUGCCAAAUCCACUUCAGAGUCUUUACACAAGAGAAGAAGAUCUGGUCAGGUCCCGCUCACAAGUGUGACCGAUACUGGAAGUCCAACCACCAAGGGCUCGGCCAAGAAGGCUGCAGUCAAGAGAGCUACGAAUAUCCCGACACCCAUCAACCAGACUUCGUCCAAUGCUAGCCCAGUUUCUGGAUCUGCCAACACCAGCACUGAUCUUGCUGCUGCUAGAGCUGGAAAGGCCAUAGAAGCUAAUCAGGACCAGGACAACGCUAAGGCACUCGAGACUAAGAGAAUGAGCCUCAUCGCACGCUGCAGAGAAUUGGCCAUUCAAGAACAACAGGACUUGGACCAGCGUGGAACACAGUUGGAAGAGGCGGAAAAUCUCGUAAAGACUCAUGGAUUCUUUCAAGAGAACUAUAUUCAAGCAUGGGAGGACAUGGCCGCACUUCGCGCUGAGGGCGGGCAGAUCAUAACGUGCACUCACUCCGUCAUGCAAGAGAUUGUCUACAACUUCGUUAAGCUCAAGGAGCUACAAGAGUACAAGAGCGUUCUCGUACACCUUACCAAACUUGCCGCUCCUGGCUCAAUCAAGGCCGAGAUCGCCGAGAACAAGGAAUGCAUGGACUCAGUCGAGCCUACACUGUUCAAGCUUCGUCGCAGAGUCAAUGUUUUCAACUCUAAUAUGACAAAGGCGUUCAGAGAUCCUGUCUGGGGUGCAGAGUAUCGCGACAACUUCGAUCGCGCUAUCCAAGCCCACCCCUACACGAUGCAGCAUUUCGACACGGGUUUCCUGCUCGGUAGAGAAUUCAUCCCCCAAUGGGACGCCUCCAAAGUCACAAACCCUGGCUUGUCCGACGACGAAGUUGAGGAUCCCGAGCCACAGUCUGUCGAACCUGUUGAAGACACUGAGGCGCACAUGGACGAAGGUCUUGGAGCUGAGGUCGCCGCCGAGGCAGAAACCAUCGACGAUCUCGAAGUUGACGUCGCUGCUGAACAGGACCCGUCUCAGAAGAUCCCAGAGGAGGGACCAGACCACGAGGCCAGAGGUAAUGUGGGAAGGAACUUUGAGCCAAAACGGCUCGUUGAGCGCUUGGUCCAAGGAGAUAUCGAUCUGGCUGGUCGCACUGCCAUGUGGAGCAUCAUGGUUGUCUCGACCUCUCGGUUCAUGCGAAACUUCUCCUGCGCCAGUUACUAG